GUACCCACCUUCAGCAUGUUUCAUAGCAAAGCUCAAGAAUAUGUUUGAGGCAGAGAAAUUCACUGAUGUAACCUUUGAGGCUUCGGAUGGUACCAAGGUCGCUGCACACCGUAGCGUUAUAGCACAAUGGUCUCCUGUGCUGGAGGCGCUGUUUGAUACUUCACUGGUUGAGAAUGAGAAGGGCUCGGUGGUGAAGCUGAAUGACAUGGAUGCAGGGACUUUGAAGCUGCUCGUGUCAUUCAUGUAUGGCUGCGCCAUGGUGCUGCCUGAAGAGAAUCGCAAGGCGCAUGGCUUUUCUCUUCUUGAAGCAGCUCACAAGUACAACGUGCCUGAGUUGGUGCUUGAGAUGGAUCGCCAGCUGUGCGCAAUGCCCAUUGAAGAGGCAACACUUCUUGAGGAUUUAAAAUUCGUUGACACCCUUGGAGCAGCAAGGACCAAGAAUGGCCUCAUGCGCCAUGUUAUCCAUCAAAUGGGUGAUGAGGACAGCAAGAAGCUUAUCAAGGUAAUGAUUGAAAGCAGUGACAGUCAUGACCGGGCGUUGGCAUCUGUCAUCGUUGCAGCGAUUUGGUCAAGGAGGCGGAAUGUUCAGGCACCUGAAGUACGAUAG